CGAUAAAAGCUGAACUCGGUCAUUUGGUCCAAGUCACCACCGCGUAUAGUUUGUGUUUUGUUCUUAAAUUCAAUCGAGUCCCUAAAUCAACAACAAAAUGGUUAGGGAGAACAAAGCAGCAUGGAAGGCUCAGUACUUCAUCAAAGUAGUGGAACUGUUCGACGAGUUCCCAAAGUGCUUCAUUGUGGGCGCUGACAAUGUGGGCUCCAAGCAGAUGCAAAACAUCCGCACAAGUCUGCGUGGAUUGGCCGUCGUCUUGAUGGGCAAGAACACGAUGAUGCGCAAGGCCAUUCGUGGUCAUUUGGAGAACAACCCGCAGCUGGAGAAGCUGUUGCCCCACAUCAAGGGCAAUGUUGGCUUCGUGUUCACCAAGGGAGAUUUGGCUGAGGUUCGCGAUAAGCUGCUGGAAUCGAAGGUGCGUGCUCCUGCACGUCCCGGAGCAAUUGCUCCCUUGCCCGUCAUCAUCCCGGCCCAGAACACCGGUCUGGGUCCAGAGAAGACCAGUUUCUUCCAGGCUCUGUCCAUCCCAACCAAGAUUUCCAAGGGUACAAUUGAAAUCAUCAACGAUGUGCCCAUCUUGAAGCCCGGCGAUAAAGUCGGUGCCUCCGAGGCCACUUUGCUCAACAUGUUGAACAUUUCGCCCUUCUCGUACGGUCUGCUCGUCAGCCAGGUGUACGAUUCGGGUUCGAUCUUCUCGCCCGAGAUUCUGGACAUCAAGCCCGAGGAUCUGCGCGCCAAGUUCCAACAGGGCGUGGCCAACUUGGCUGCCGUCUGUUUGUCCGUGGGUUACCCAACCAUUGCCUCGGCUCCUCACAGCAUUGCCAAUGGCUUCAAGAACCUGCUGGCCAUUGCUGCCACCACAGAGGUGGAGUUCAAGGAGGCGACCACCAUCAAGGAGUACAUCAAGGAUCCCAGCAAGUUCGCUGCUGCUGCUGCCGCUUCGGCUCCAGCUGGCGGCGCUGGUGGAGCUGCCGAGAAGAAGGAGGAGGCCAAGAAGGUCGAGUCCGAGGAAGAGGAGGAGGACGAUGACAUGGGCUUUGGCCUGUUCGAUUAAGCGCCACAAUUUCCCAAAAUCUGCGCACUUUAACAUUUUCAAUGUUUACAUCGAUUUCAGUUCGGCGGACAAUGCAAAUUAUUGUCGUGGUUUGACAAACCCAAUGGCAAGUUGCAUUUACGCUCAACAUUCAAUAACAACAAUAAACAUUAUGUAAACUUGA